GUACUGUGAGCAGGGGUGGACUGACCAUUCAAGCACUCGGGCACUGCCCGAGGGCCCGGGGUCAGUAGGGGGCCCCAUGAGAUGCCCCUGGUACCUUUCAUUGGCUUUUUCAUAUGCUUUUUUGGGUGUGGGCGAGGACACAGGGACCCCAUGAUCCCCUUUUGCCCGGGGGCCCCAUGAGUUGUCAGUCCGCCCCUGACUUCAGGUAUAAAUGGACAGCCAGUCUGUUUACACCCGGUAGUCCAUACAGCAAAGUGGACUGU